ACGACUGUGUGCGGCGGUUGCCUGGCAACCUUGGGAUUAUGGACCGUUUGAACUAGCAAGUCGUGUUUAAAAAGUUUUAUUGUUAAAAUAAUUACAUGGUUUAUUAUAGUAUCAUUGUUAUUGUAUUUUUCUCUUUGAUUAGGAAUAUUAUUUUACACACAUUUGAGGGCGCGUGAAGAUUUUGACAUGUAAUGUAGCUUUUCUCAGGUGCUAAUCUUGGUUUAUGCUAGCUGUGAACGCGCCAGGAACAGAAGAAGUUUGUUCCACAAUGUCCCAUCAACACGUCCCUACUCCGUGUUAACUUUCCCACAUCACCACCUCUGAACCGCCAGUGUCCUGCUUUCACAGAGCAGAGAACAGGAGCAGGAUGCCCCCAGCAGCAGACUGGCCCUUCAUCAUGAGGGUCGACCCUGACAAUAUGGGAAAUGAUGAAAAGAAGAUCUGCGACAUGAUUCUGAAGAUUCACUCAAAAGACCUGAAGGAGAACGAGUGGAAGAGAACGGUGCACCUGUUCAAAAUCUUCCAGCGUUUACUCGAGGUCAAGCUGUCGGAACUCUCCUGUGUGGACGACGUCAUGCAAAAUGCCGGCCAGGAGCAGGCGAGAAUAGAAAAGCUGCUGAAAACCAAGAUCUCUGAGCUGGAGGCAGAGCUGGAGAUGUCUGCGGGGUGGAGAGACACGCGCUUCCUCCGGGAUGAAAUCCGCCAGAUGGAGAGUCAGUUGGAUCACAAGGAUAAGGAGGUUAACCAGCUCACUCAGGACAUCGAAAAGGCCAAGUACGACAUCGAGAAGAUGACACAGCGAGCAGAUGAGGCUGAAAAAGAAAACAGAAAACUGAAAAGAGAGUUAAAACAGGCAAAAAAGAAGAUGGAGCAGCUCCAGCAGGACGUGGGGUUCUACAGGAAGGAGCUGGAGCAGAAGGACUCGCACCAGAGCCGAGACGAGAAGAUGGAGGCCCAGAAGAAACUCAACAAAGCCAACCAGCUGGCCGAGCAGUACUGGGACAACUGGCAGCGCUCCGAGGACGAGAACUCGCACCUGAAGGGCGAACUGGAGAACCUGCAGAAGAGCCUGGAGGAGUCUGUAAGGGAGAUGGAGAAGAUGACGGACGAGUACAAUAAGAUGAAGGUGGCCGUGCAGCAGGCGGAUGGCUUCAUGGACCAGCUGAGGAGAGAGCGAGAUCAGGCCACACUUCAGGUCAGAGAGCUGACACAGCAGAUUCAGGCUCGGGCCGAGGAGGACGAUCCAGUGAUGGCUGCAGUCAAUGCUAAAGUAGAGGAGUGGAGGAGCGUGCUAUCAGGGAAAGAUGGCGAAAUCCUGGAGUACCAGCAGAUGAUCCGGGAGCUGAGAGAGAAGCUAAAGGCGACUCAGAUGGAUUCGGACAAAAGCAACAUCAUCGCUUUGCAGCAGAUCGUUUAUGAACUGUGUGCUGCAGUGCAAGAGAGAGACCGGCAGAUCAAGCUGCUGACUGAGCGAAUGGAGCAGUACACGGGCGAAAUGGAGAAGAACGCUUCACUCAUCGAGGAGCUCAAGAAGCCACUUAAAAAUGACAAAGGCUCUAGCUCACAGCAGAGGAAACUGGACGAGCUGAAAACCAAACUGCAGGCUGCGGAGCGGAGAGUGGAGCAGGCUGAACGCUCCGCCCAUCUCGCCGAGUCUGACGCCCAGCGCAAAGACCAGGAGCUGAGCGAAACUUUGAGUCACAUACGACUUUACGAGUCUGGCACAGACGGCUUGGUUGCCGCCGUAGCCGAGAUCAAAGAAAGCAAAAACCAGAUCAGGAUCCGCGAUCGAGAAAUAGAAUCCAUGACCAAGGAAAUAAACCAACUGGAGCUGAAGAUCAACGACCUUCUGGACGAGAACGAGGAGUUGAGAGGGCGCCUGGGUUUAAAUCAGGAAGAAGAAGUGGAUUUGACCGAGUUCAGGAGAUCAAAGGUGUUGAAACAAAGGCAGUACAGAGCGGAGAACCAGGUUCUGCUAAAGGAGAUUGAGCGUCUCGAGGAGGAAAGGCUAGAGCUCAAACAGCGUAUCCGUGCCCUGGUGAAGGACAAAGGUACCGCUGUAAACAGUAGUUCACUACUCGACGAUGAAACUGUUGAGAAACCCAGCAGGUCCAUCAGGGAAAGCCCAACCCUCAGACCAUCCAAUGAGGAUGGACUCAAGCGUAAAAAUGAUCUCCUGCAGAAGGACCUGGCGAGCAGAGAGAAAGAGUUGGAGGUGACGCGAGCAGAAGCCACACGGUUUAAAGCCAAGCUGAAUGAGAUGCUGAAGGAGAACCAGCAGCUGGAGCAGGGAAUGAAGGAGAUCUUGCAGGCCAUCCAGGAAGCACAGAGCAAAGCUCCUGCUCAGACGGCCAUCAGCGUCCCCAGCCUGGAGAGACUCGUCAGCGCUUUAGAGAUGAAGCACUCGGAGGGGAAGGGUGAUGUAAUUGCACACCUGAGAGCACAGCUGGAUCAGCUGACCGGCAGGAACGAGGAACUGAGGCAGCAGAUGAAGGCAGCUCGAGAAGAGGCAGCCAACACACUGACUCAGCUAAUGAAGGCUAAUGAAAAGGUCUCACGUUUGGCGAGCGAAGUUGAGGCUGUGAGCCAAUCAGCAGGUACAGCUGUAGCUCCAAAACCUCUUUUUCUGCCUGAAGAAAUGCCACCAACUAGCGUGCAGCUCAUUAACUCUCUGAACGAGUACGUGAUCCAGGUGCUCCAGGAGUUAAAAAAUAAAGAAGAUACGAGCAAGCAGCACGCUCUGGCUCUGGAGGAGUACAAGAGGAAAUUCGCCAUCACGCGACAUCAACAGGGACUGCUUUACAAAGAGUACCAGAGUGAGAAGGAAGCCUGGAGAAAGGAGAAAGAGUGUUUCACAGAGUGGAAAGUCAAAAUGGAGGAGCAGAAGGAGCAGGACGCGGUGAAGAUCCAGGAAUAUAAUCUCUGGCUGGAAGCUCUGCAGCAGGACCCGAGUGAGAUCAGGAGGCAAGUGGCCGAGGCAGCCCGUAAAACCACCUUGCUGCGAGUGAACGAAAGGUCUCUGACCCGUCGCUACACCACCCUGAUGGAGCAGGAGCAGCAUCUGAGGAAGGAGAACAACAAGCUGAAGGACGACUCCGUCCAAAUGGAAGCUGCCGUGACCGAGAGAAUCGGCUAUCUACAGAGGUUCAAGGAGAUGGCUGCGUUCAAAAUGGCGACACUCCAGAGAGCGCUCGAUGACAGCGUCCUGUCCUCAGAGCUGGAGCGAGCGAACAAACAGUACAACGAGCUCACCAUGAAAUACAGAGACCUGCUCCAGAAAGACAACCACCUGAUCCAGAGAACCACCACGCUGGAACAUUUGGAGAGUGAGAACGUCUCCCUCCAAGAACACAUCAGUUCCCUCAACAAGGAGCUUGAGAUUACCAAGGAGAAGCUGCACACGAUGGAGCAGGCGUGGGAGCACAUCGAAGCCACUGGAGGAGAAGGUGGUAUGGAUAAAGCCACGAAGGCCCUGGCGAACAGCGAGAUCCUGUCUGUGUCUAAGCGCAUCACCACGCUGGAGAUGAAGGAGCUGAACGAGAGGCAGCGCGCCGAGCAUGCUCAGAAGAUGUACGAGCACAUGAGAAGCUCCCUCAAACAGGUGGAGGAGCGGAACUUCGAGCUGGAGGCCAAGUUUGCAGAGAUGGCAAAGCAGAACAUGGAGGCGCAGAGGAUUGAGCGUGAGUUACGGGACGAGCUGGCCGACAGCGUCAGCAAAGAAAUCAGCGACGCCGACCGGCGCCGAAUCUCGGAGCUGGAGAAAAGCGAAGCCGAGCUCAGGAUCGAGGUUUCCAAGUUGCGGGAGGUUUCAGACGUAGCAAAAAUGCAGGUGUUCGCUCUGGAGGCCAGGCAGCAAUCCAGGGAAAAGGAGGUGGAGUGUUUUAGGAGGCAGAUUCUGGACUUUCAGUCUCAGAGUGAUGAGAAGGCCCUCAUCGCCAAGCUCCAUCAGCACAUCGUGGCUCUGCAGCUCAGCGAGACGGCGGCCGUGAGCAGGGUGGAGGCCUACACCGGCCGCUUUCGCCACCUGGAGGCUCAGAGGCUGAGGGUGGAGCAGCAGCUGAACGCACAGCAGCAGGCGCUCUGGCAGACGAGGCAGGAGGGGCGUCAGCGAGCCCGACACCUCCGCCAGGCCCUGCACGCUUUGCGCAGACGCUUCUCCGGAGCGCUCCCUCUGAGCCAGCAGGAGAAGUUCUCCAGCACCAUGCUGCAGAUGCAGGAGGACAGGGCGAGGGCGCGGGAGGAGGCACGCCGAGCGCAGGAGGAACGCCGCGCUGCCGAGGGGAAAGCGCAGGAGCUGGAACUCCAACUGAAGGGUCUGGAAGAGCUCACUGCCACUCUGAAGGAUGUUAAAGGAGCUCAGAAGGUGACUGAGUGGCAUAAGAAGCUGGAGGAGGUUCGCCUGCAGGACCUGAGGAAGAACAGAGAACUGGUGGCGCGGCGGGAGGAGAUCAAGUACCUGAAGAACAUGGUGGCUGAGCAGGAACGCUCCAUCAGCAGUUUGGAGGAGGAACUUGUCCAGCAGAGCAAUCUGUUCGAGGAGCAGCAUCUCUCAUGGGAUCAGAGAGAGGUGGAGCUGGAGCGACAGUUGGACAUCUACGAGAAACAGCAGAACCAAAUCAUCGGAUCUGCUCAGAAGUUUGAAGAAGCCACAGGUUCUCUGCCAGACCCUAACCAGCCAUUGGCUCAUCAGCUGGACCAUGCUCUGAGCAAAAUGAAGGAGCAAGUUCGCACCAUCCUGGUGAUCCAAGCCACCUGCAAAACUCUGGAGGAGACGCUGAAGGAGAAGGAGGCGGCGCUGUGGAGGUCCGAGCAGAACGUCCUGUCGCGCGAUCGCGUCAUUAACGAGCUCCGCCUCCGUCUCCCCGCCGCCGCCGAGAGGGAAAAACUCCUCGCCGACUUGAGCAGGCAGGACGACACGGGCAGCCGACACGCCCUGAAGAUCGCUCACCAGACCAUCGGCAACCUGCAGAGUCUCCUCGAUCAGAAAGAGGAGGUCCUCAAGAAGUAUCAGAACCUUCUGGCCAGGGCUAGACAGGAACAGGAAGAAUUAUCCAAAAAGCACGAGCAGGAAGUGAAGAACCUGCACCAAGAGCUGGACCUUCACACGGAUUUGUCCCUGGACCGCUUCAGACAGACGACUGUGGAGCUGAUAAGGAAGCCCACCCUGGACGUCCCGACCACGAAGCAGAUGGAACGUCUGGCUGAAAUGGAGCAGAUGGUGGCGGAGCAGGACACGUCUCUAUCUUCGCUAAUGCACAAGCUGAGGGUGCUGAGCGGCGAGCUGGAGCGGCAGAGACACGUCACGGCGUCUCACGCCAAAGAGCACGCAGAGCAAACAGCCAGACUUGAGGAAAGACAUGCAUCUCAAAUAAAGGCCAUGUCGAGGGAAUCCGAGGAGCUGAGAUCCCAGCUGUCCCAGAUGGAGAAAGAGCUGCAGUACCUCAACACCGAGCUGGAGGCCCAGAGAGAGGCCAACGUUCGCUCGCCGAGCAACACCAUGAAGAACCUGGUUGAGCGUCUGAAGGCCCAGCUGGCCCUCAAAGAGAAGCAGUUGAAGGCUCUCAGCAAAGCCAUGCUCGAGUUUCGGGCACAGAUGACGUCACAGGCGGAGCAACAGAUCAUCGCGAACGCGGCCCAGAAAGAAGAAGUGCUGAACGUUCAGCAGAUCGUGGAUAAGCACACCAAAGAGCUCAAGACCCGUGUGAAGGAGCUGAACGACGAGCUGCAGACCUGCAAAGAGAAGGUGAAAGCUGGGAAAAGCAGAGAGAGCUCUCUAAAGGAGGAGCUGGAGAACCUGAACCACGAGCUGCAGAAGAACCAGAAGAUCGAGAGCAGACUGCAGAGCGAGAAGCACGAUCUGGAAGAACAGCUGGAUGAGUUGAAGCAGAAAGUCAAGAGACUCAGCAGCGGCCUGCAGGGUCAGGGUAAAGGUGAAGGCCCUUUGGUAGAGGCUUUGCAGAAGAAGAUCCGCAGGCUGGAGUCAGAUCUAGACAGGAAGAAUGUUCCCGAGCCAGCGGAGAAAAAGACGGCGGUGAAGGAGGACAGACCUAAUAAAGAAGAACUGGUGAGGUGGGAAGAAGGUAAGAAGUGGCAGGCGAGGAUGGAGAAAGUCCGUAAUCUUUUAAAAGACAAAGAGAAGGAGACGGAAUCCCUUUCCAAACAACUGGCCACCUCGAAGGAGCUCUACGGAAGACUGGAGCAAGAGAAACUGGGCCUGCAGAGGAAGCUGAAGAGCCGCGGCGUGACGGUGGAUCAGGUGGUGGGCACGCGAGCGACCUUCGAGGCCGACCACGAAAUCGAGGAGCUGAAGAAGAGGAACCGUGAGCUGGAGGAACAGAUUAAGAUCAUCAAGCAGCAGCAGGCUUUACCUCGAGAUUCUGCGAUGGAGGACAUGAACAUUAGGAACCGCUACCUGGAGGAGAGACUUCACUCUUUGGAAAGCCAGCUGGUAAAAGAGCCUCUCUCCAGGCCAUCAGAUGAAAGCCGGUUUUCUUCUGCCAGGUUCAACUUAUCUCCUAAAUCCCAUCUAAAGACCUUUAAAGUCUCAUAUGGCCCCCAAAACGAAAAAACACAUCCUUCAUCAUUAAGCAAAGACCAAAUCGUGCAUCAACACAGAGAUGACGAGGAGCCGAUCGCCGGAUUUCCACCUGAUACCCAUAAAGCGUAUGAAGAAAUGGAAGAUACGUCGAUCCCAGGACAAGAGCCGGUGCUUAGAGGAAAAUUAAAACUUCACGAAAUCGAGUCCGUAAAUCCGCAGACAGAACAAGAAACGGUAGACAAGAUCCACUCUGAGGAACCGGAAGAAGAACACGACACGUUGAAACGUGAUGAAGAUCAGGACGAUAGAGAGGAACGAGGAGAGACAGCAGAGCAGGAUUCAGCAGUGAUUGAAAGAUCUCUUGGGUCUCACAAUAGCCAGACAGAAGCUUCACAAUUUCAAGAGGCUCAAGAACAUUCUGAUGAAGAAACAUCUAAAGAAGAUGACUGUAGGCUUGGGCAGCUAAUAUCACAAUCUCCUCCGGUGGAUAAGAAUGAAGCGGUGUGGCUCGGCGAGACGUCUGGCCGGGGCUCGGCAGGGACGCAGACGCAGAGGGAGCACGAGCUACAGAAAGAGAACCUCAAGCUCUCCAGCGAGAACCUGGAGCUACGCCUUCAGCUGGAGCAGGCUAACAAGGACCUGCCACGUCUAAAGGCUCAGGUGUCUGACCUCAAAGAAAUGUGUGACGCUCUAAAAAAGGAGAAAGGAGAAGUGGAAAGGAAGCUGGGGAAUAUCCGUGGGUCAGCGCAGUCUGGACGAAGCGGAAAAACCGCCCCCGAGCUGGAGAAGACCAUCAUGCUGAUGAAGAGGGUGGUGGAACGAGUGCAACGAGAGAACGAGACUCUGAAGAAGAGCUCGGGGACGGCGAUCCGGGAGCAGCUCACUGCUCUGCAACACGAGCACGAGAAGCUCAAGGCCGAGUACCACAGGACGAAGGGGGCGAGUCAGCAGACCUCCAAACUCGAGUCACAGGCUGAAGGGAUGGAGAAAAUCGUGACGGAGAACGAGCGGCUGCGCAGGGACAUCAGAAAGGAAUCCGAAGCUUCAGAGAAGCUGCGAGUAGAGAAGAGCAGUCUGGAAGUAAGAAUUGAGAAACUGAAGCUGGAGCUUGAAGCCUCCAACCAGAAGCUCCUACUGGCUCAGGCGAAGGGUCCGUCCUCAGACGGAGCAGACAGCAAGACCUGGAAAUCUAAAGUUGUGACGAGGUUGUUUGAGAAUAAAAUGAAGGCCCUCGAGGACGAAGUCUCCAAGAAGAACACGAGUCUGAACGAGCUGAAACUUCAGCUCGCAGAAUCCCGCGAGAAAGAGCAAACAUCACGGCAAACCGCCACGCAGCUGAACGAACAAGUGGAGCUCCUGAAGAACAUUCCCAGUGAUGACCUUGCUAAGGAGUUUAAGUCUAUCAGGUUGGCGAACUUUCAGCUGGAGAAACAGAAGCUCCAUCUUCUUGAGCAGAUCCAGAAAUACGAAGAGAAGUUCGGAACUGAUUUGGACGGACCAGGAAACAAAGAUCUUCAGGCCCAAGUAAAAACACUAAGUGCUGAGAAAAGCCAGCUCCAGGACGAGGUCGGAAGGAUGACCAAAGAGCUGGCGAACUUCGACCCGACGUUCUUCGAGGAGCUCGAAGACCUCAAGUUCAAUUACAACGUGGAGGUGAAAAAGAACAUCAUCCUGGAGGAGCAGCUGAAAAAAAUGUCUGAGCGCUUCGGGGUGGAGGUCGACAUCCCCACGGACACGUCGCUGCUGAGCUGACACGAGGGUUCCUGAGGGGCUCCUGAGGGUCCUGGUAAAGAAAAACCAAAACCAAACCAAUGGUUUUUGUUGUGCCAUUAUUUGUGUGUGUGUGUGUGUGUGUGUGUGUGUGUGUGUGUAGAAAGUAUAUUUAUUAUCAUUUUGAUUUUUACGGUGAAGAGAAGGUGCAUUUCUGUGCACAUCUUCAUCACUGCCUUUUUCCUUUGUAUGAAAAAUGAGUCCAAAAGAUUCAAAAAGUGUUACGUGUGUUUAUUAGAACACCACCGACGUGCGUCAUGUACUCGAUCCAUCAUUCUCUUUCAGCCAAAUAAAUUCAACCAGCAUUUCA